AUGGCGCUCGCCCAGUCGCUGGUCAAGUAUGAGAACCCUGUGCUGGUGUCCAAGUCGCAGGAACGGCACCUGCGUGGCCGCAAGGGCAAGGCCGCGGCGGUAGCAGCGGCAGCGGCAGCUGGAGCGUCGUCCAAGACGCAGCAGACCGAGGACAUUCUCAACGCCAUUCUGCCGCCGACCGAGUUUGAGGACGAGGGCCAGCUCUGGCUGCAGAAGGUCUCGUCGACGCCAGCCACCCGGCUGGACGUCAUCAACCUGCAGGAGCAGCUUGAUCUGCGACUGCAGCAGCGCAAGGCCCGCGAGACCGGCAUCUGCCCCGUCCGCCGCCAGCUGUACGACCAGUGCUUUGACGAGCUCAUCCGCCAGGUCACCAUCAACACGGCCGAGCGCGGCCUGCUCCUCCUCCGCGUCCGCGACGAGAUCCGCCUCACCAUCCAGGCCUACCAGACCCUGUACGAGUCGUCCGUCGCCUUUGGCAUGCGCAAGGCUCUCCAGGCCCAGCAGGGCAAGUCCGAGAUGGAGGAGACCAUCGAGCGCCUCGAGGACGAGAACCGCGACCUCGCCCGCUCCGUCCAGGAGCUCAAGGCCAAGAUCGAGGCCAUCGAGAAGCGCGAGUCGGACCGCCGUGCGCUCGAGGAGAAGAAGCACGCUGAGGAGGUUGCCUUCCUCAAGCGCACUAAUGCCCAGCUCAAGUCGCAGCUCGAGACCAUCCUUGCUCCCGUCAAGAAGUAA